UGUCCAAAUUGGUAUCUUUCCUUGUCAUAUUAGUGUAUCUUCUUUGGAAAACUGUGUGGCAGGCCCAUUGAUUUUGGAACACUUAGAGUUUGGGCCCGGUACUCCAAUAAGAGACUAUAUUUCAGCAUUCAAAAGGCCAAUCAGCAGCUAUGGUGCAGCCUGUUAUUUUUCUGCAUCUGAUUAUCCAGUGGUGGAAGGUGUGGGUCAUCUGGAAGGACAAUGAAUUGAGUGCCCAAGUGAUGUGUGAUGGUUCUGGUGGCGGUGUGUCUGGUGUCAGAAUUCCCACUUCUAAAGAGUUCCAUCUGGCUCUCUUUCUUGCCUGUGUCUCUUGGGGGCUCCCCAGCCCCUCUCCUUCCUGCUGCCUCCCGUUUCUUCAGAGCCCGCCUGGCCCUCUGCUCACACUCUCCCUGAGGCUGGGAAGAAUCCAGGUGAAAAGCACAGAUGUUGAGGCCCUGCAGAAGUCCCAAAUUGAGAACAUCGCUGCCUUCUUAGCCUCACAAAGCAAGGUCCCGGCCGCACCCCUGGAAGAGCUGACCUAUAGACGGUCGCUUCGAGUGGCUCUAGAUGUUUUGAAUGAACGACCCAGCUUGAGUCAAGAAAGCCCUUCGAGGAAAGGUGAACCUUCACUAUCUCAGAGAGAGAAGCAGAGCACGGAAGCCGCUUCCUCACUACCUAAUUCUCUCACCUCAUCCCUUCUCCAUGAAGAUGUAUCAGCUCAUUCCAGACCUGAGAAGAAGAGGGGACAUGCACAACAAAGCUCGUUGUGGUCAUCCACUUGGGAAAAGGACCCUGAGCACAAAGUGGACCACAAGAAGGGUCUCAGGAAAAGUGAAAACCCAAGAGCCCCGUUGGUCCUUUCAGCUGGAGAGGAUUCUCAGGAUGGAAGUGGAUCAAGGAUCCGCUACAGAAAUCGGACUCAGACACCUAAGUCCAGCUGGUGCCAGACAGUGCCUGGCCUUUCAGGGGGCAAGAUCAAAGAAGAGAGUGAGAGACAGGCUGGCGUCUGGAUAGCGCCAGCCUCGCCUUCCCGAGCCUGGAAGGAUGAUCCAUGUGCCAGAGCCAAAGGACAUGACUUGGGUGUGCCAUCAGGCAGCCUCACAGUGCUCCCAGCUCCAGAGCAGGCCAGAGGACGCCCUGCAAAGAGAUUGCGCCUGGAUGGAGGCCAGAGGCUGCCUGCCACUCAGCUGGGGACAGGGACUGUGGCUGCAGCACUGUCCUGCAAGCAGGAGGCCAGGGAGUACAUGACUUUGCGUAGCGCUGCAGAUAAACCCAGCCUGCCUCCCUCAAACACUCUGGCGGAAGGAUCCAGCAGUCUUCAUCUCCAGGACCUCGACAGGUUGGAGGAAGACCGUCAGUCUUCAGAAGAGUCCACAGAGUUUCAUUCCAUUACUUCCAUCCUGGAUGAAGAUGAGGAAGAUGAGGAGCCGCCAAGAAUCCUUUUGUAUCAUGAACCACGUUCAUUUGAAGUAGGAAUGCUAGUCUGGCUUAAAUACCAAAAAUACCCCUUCUGGCCAGCAGUGGUCAAAAGCGUCAGGCGGAGAGAUAAGAAAGCCAGCGUGCUAUUCAUUGAAGGGAACAUGAACCCCAAAGGCAGAGGAAUCACCGUGUCUCUCAAGCGGCUGAAGCACUUUGAUUGUAAAGAGAAACAGACACUUCUGGACAAAGCCAAAGAGAACUAUGACCAAGCCAUCGGCUGGUGUGUCUCCCUCAUCACCGACUACCGAGUGCGGUUAGGUUGCGGUUCUUUUGCGGGCUCUUUCCUGGAAUAUUAUGCUGCCAACAUAAGUUACCCUGUCCGGAAGUCCAUCCAGCAGGAUGUCCUGGGAACCAGCUUUCCUCAGCUGAGCAAGGGAGACCCUGAGGAACAGGAGGGGGGCAGCCCCCAGGGGCAGCGGCGGCCCUGCAGGAAGGUGCUGCCUGACCGUUCUCGUGCUGCGCGGGACCGGGCCAACCAGAAGCUGGUGGAGUACAUUGUGAAAGCCAAGGGUGCAGAGAGCCACCUGAGGGCCAUCUUGAAGAGCAGGAAGCCGUCUCGGUGGCUGAAGACAUUCUUGAACUCUAGCCAAUACGUGACCUGUGUGGAGACCUACCUGGAAGACGAGGAACAGCUGGACCUGGUGGUGAAGUACCUGCAGGGCGUCUAUCAGGAGAUGGAUGGGGAGAUGCUGACUCGUGUCAAUGGCGACAGGAUCAGGUUCAUCCUGGAUGUGCUUCUGCCCGAGGCCAUUAUCUGCGCAAUUGCUGCAGUAGACUCCGUGGACUACAAGACAGCUGAGGAGAAGUACAUCAAGGGACCUUCGGUCAGCUACCGGGAAAAAGAAAUAUUCGAUAACCAGCUCCUGGAGGAGAGGAAUCGGCGUGUCUGGUGACAGAGCAGCUACCGCCCUGGUGCGGCCUGCAGCGCCCCCACUUGGCCAGUGUGUGUAUCCCACUGUUAGUAAGAAGCCCAGCUGCAGGAUGCCCCUCAACCCCUCCAAUGUGAUGUUCAUGAAUGCUCUGGAAAGCAAGAGGCCCCAGGAAGUGUGUUGUAUUUGGGUCUGUCAGUUCUGAAGAGUCAAGUUCACUGACACACCAAAAGGCAGCUCUCUCUUCCUGGCGAUUUUUGGAAGGUGCAGUUCCUCAAAGGUUGUUUUUGAUUUUUUAAAAAAUUUUCUGAAAGGUUUUUAAAAGAACAAAUAGAUUUUAUUGCAUACCCCAUUGUGACUAUAUAGUUUGAUAAGAGAUGCACAUUUGUGUUUUACAUUAUGUGUUGUAUCCAUGUACCCAGCAUUCAAAAGAGUCUGAAGUGAAUAUAGAACUCCAGAAGGACCCGUAUAUUUUUCUGACCUUGUUUUUGUUCUGUCCCCUUUGGGUAGAAUCUGCCCUGUCCCUCCUGGGGGGUGAGCAGGGAAAGUGUCUUGGUGAGAGGUGGAACCAAAGGCAAGCCACUUCCUUAUGGGAUUCCAGCAUGUCUUUCCCAUGGCCUCUGUGCAUGGGCCUGAGAGGGUAAUGAGUUGGCGUGCAAUCCAGACACUGGAUGCCACACCCAGCUUCCCUGUCCCCUGCUCUAUGCUGUCACCAUACAGCCAACCACCAAGGUCUUGGCAGUCUACCUGGACAGUUGUAGUGAGAUCCCAGUGUGGGUGGGGGUACUGCAGCUCUGCCUGCGCCCAGCACCUGCAGAGAUGAAGCCCUUUGUCUGGGAUUCCAACCUGGCUCAUGGGCCAGGCUCAAUAUGAGGACCAGACCCUCACUGACCAGCAGGUCAUCCCUGCCCUGGGUUGAGGGUGCACUCUUAGCACUGUGGCCCUGGGGACAUUGCACCAAGGCCAUGUCCUCCUCACAGUCGUGAAGAUUCUGUCAAAGUUAAGGCUGAAGACCAGUGAAUAAUUUAUUCUAAGACACCUGAGGCUGCAUGAGGAAAUAAACGUUGGUCAAAUGAAUUUUCAGAUUGUGACAUGAGGUGAACUUUUAAUCAAAAGCACAUCCCUCCCCAGCUGCAGAGCCAUGUUUGGAUGUGGUCAUUUGGUCAUUUUUAGUUUCUGCCCCUAUUGGUUAUGUCUGUCCUUUCUGCGGUCCUGGGUUUGCAGGGGAUCCAGAUCUCUUUCCCAACAUCCUCCUUACCCAGAGGACAGCAGCCACCUCGGAGCAAGAUCAGAAGGUGGUUCCUGCAGGGUGUGAAAUAAGUGUGGCCUGCAUGGUAGUGUGGAGCAAGGAGAAGCCCAGGAUGAGCAACAUCUCCUUAACAAGAGUUUCCAGGGCCUGGUGAAGGGAGGUGGCCACAGCUUACUAACAUGGGGUGCAGAGAACUUCCCGUGGCCAUUUUGGUUGAACUUGAUUUUGCUCAGAUCUGAAAGGAGGAAGUGGUGAUACAAGGUUGGUUUUGGCCUGAUGGUUCUGCCUCCCUUGGUCCCCCCUCCGUGGGCUCCACAUCUAAGGAAAGGAAACAUGACUUGAAGCAUCUCUGGGUGCCCAGCCCUGUGCUGGUCACUCCUCUUCUUCAGACAGGGGAGCCAGCUUAACCCCUCUGUGCACCCCUGAGGAAGGGCCUCUGCACUGAUGCCAGAAUGCACCCUCACUGUCCUCAAUGGGAAAACCCAACAGCCACCCCCUGUAGACUUGGACCUGGAACUUCCCAUUGGUAUUGUUUGGUUACCAGCAAAGGCCAUGUCAAACAUAUGGCAUUCAGGUGGAUGAGAAACCUGUUGGACAUUUUAUGGAACCUGAGUGUGUGUGUGUGUGUAAUUCCCGUUGUGCAAAGUAUUUUUAUACCUGGGCUUUUAUUUCUGCCGACCUUCACUGUGUCCUAAGGAUUAGAUUGUCUGGCUGUUCAGACUGGAAUUAAAUGCCUUUUCUGAACCCUAGCUUUUCUUUUCAGAUACCCCAAAUUCUGUCUGCAAUGGGGAAUGUACCACUACCUAGGAGAAUUGGCCCCUGGGCCCAGGCUGAAAAUGGAGACCUAUUUAUUCUGUCCCUAGCACAUAGGGCCUUGAUCUCUGGGACUGGAGUUGCUGCCCUAACAUGAUGGUUCUCAAGCUAGCAUAUUUGAGUGCAAGCUAAAAGAAUACAUGUGUAUUGGGGAAACCUGACCAGAGGCACACACACCCAAACCAGUUGCACGCUCUAGGAGGGGUCCAGGAGUACCCUACCUCACUU